CAAGUGGCAAACCGUUAGCAGAGCACGCUGCUCCCUCCGAAGGGCGGGUGGAAGCCGCGGGGGCUCGCCCCGCACCCAGCCCUGCUGCCGGAUUUUGGCUCCUCACCCCCCCUCCCCACCUCCCGCCCCUGCUGCGGGGCUUAGUCGCGACCCGCUGCCGGGCGGCGUGCGGUGCGGUGCGGGCUGCGGUGCGCGCCGCCGCUCCGCCUUGAAAGUGUGAGCGCCGGUUGCGGGCUUUUCUUCUACUUAUCGCGUUUUGGGGUUUGGUUUUUUUUCAAUUAUUUCGCCUUUUUGUUAUUUAUUUUCUGGUACUUUAUUGUUAUUAUUUUUGUUGCCGCUGUUUGUAAACUAAUUGCCUCCAUGGGGGGCGGAGGAAAGGAAAUCAAAGCUGCCGCAGCUGAAGGGUGUAAAAGCACGUUAGGGAAGAGCCGAGGAGCCGCAGGACGGGAUGGCAGCGGGAAGCCCGGCUGCGGCGGGGACCGCUGCCCGCGGCGGGCCGGGCCGUGCGGCUCUGCGCUGGCGGCUCUCCUCUCGGCGCUGGCGGCGGCCUCCUGCGUCUACCUGGGGGUGCGGACCAGCGACCUCCAGGCCAGGGUCGCGGCCAUCGAGGGCGCCCGAGGGGGCUUCUCUGCCGCCGCCCCGCUCCCGCCGCUGCCCGGCUAUUCCCUGGAGCAGCUGAACGCGAUGAUGCAGGAGAAAGUGGAGCGACUUCUCGCCCAGAAAUCGUACGAACACUUGGCAAAAAUCCGAGUAGCGAGAGAAGUGCCUCCAGAGUGCAACUGCCCACCAGGUCCUCCAGGGAAAAGAGGUAAGCGGGGCAGAAGAGGAGAGACUGGACCUCCUGGUCAGCCUGGUCCUCAAGGCCCUCCCGGUCCAAAAGGCGAGAAGGGAGAUCAAGGUGAUCAGGGCCCUCGGGGUCUGCCAGGCUUCCCCACAGUCGCUGCUCUGCACAGUAAUCAGAUCCUCACCGUCAAGGGGGACCAAGGACAAGCUGGACCCCCUGGGCCUCCAGGGCCACCAGGACCCAGAGGUCCCCCAGGAGAUACCGGCAAAGAUGGUCCUCGCGGGAUGCCUGGCAUACCGGGUGAGCCAGGUAAACCAGGAGAACAAGGAUUGACAGGACCUCAGGGGCCUCCAGGACAAAAGGGUUCUGUCGGAGUGCCUGGUGUUCCAGGGAGAGAUGGACAAGUGGGUGAACCUGGUUUGCCUGGCAUAGCAGGAGAGAAGGGAGCAGCAGGGCUUAAGGGUGACCCUGGAGAAAGAGGAGAAAAGGGUGAUGCUGGAGAAAAUGGACCAAAGGGUGACACAGGAGAAAAGGGUGACCCUGGUUCUUCUGCUGCAGGAAUUAAGGGUGAACCUGGUGAAUCUGGACGGCCUGGACAAAAGGGUGAACCAGGUCUUCCUGGGCUUCCUGGACUCCCUGGGAUAAAGGGUGAACCAGGUUUCAUUGGUCCGCAAGGAGAACCUGGGUUGCCAGGGCUACCAGGAACGAAGGGUGACAGAGGAGAGGCAGGCCCUGUUGGGAAGGGUGAGCGAGGUGAACCUGGAGUUCCUGGACCAAAGGGGAAAACAGGUGAACCUGGAUCUAGAGGCCCAAAAGGGUCAAAGGGUGAUACAGGUGACAGAGGUGACACAGGAUCUGCAGGUCCACGGGGACCACCUGGACAGAAGGGUGAUCAAGGUGCAACAGAGAUAAUUAAUUAUAAUGGCAAUAUCCAUGAAGCUCUGCAGGGGCCACCAGGACCACCGGGACCCCAAGGGCUGCAAGGGCCAAAGGGUGAAGCAGGAUCCCCAGGAACUCCAGGAGUUGAUGGGGAGCAGGGUCCUAAAGGCUCAAAAGGAGAUACAGGUGAUCCUGGAAUGCCUGGAGAAAAGGGAGGAAUUGGACUGCCUGGCCUGCCGGGAGCCAAUGGUAUGAAAGGCGAAAAAGGAGAUGUUGGUUUGCCAGGUGCCCAAGGUCCUUCAGUGAUAGGACCACCUGGACCACCAGGGCCACAUGGUCCUCCAGGCCCUAUGGGACCUCAUGGACUGCCUGGCCCAAAGGGUGAACCAGGGUUAAAUGGUCUUAAAGGAUUGAAGGGUGAACCGGGUCAAAAGGGUGACAGAGGGCCCCUUGGUCUUCCAGGAGCAUCUGGCUUAGACGGAAAGCCAGGACCCCGGGGUGUAGAUGGUCCAGUUGGUCCCCAUGGCCCUGCAGGUCCUAAAGGAGACAGAGGUGAAAAGGGAACCGUAGGUGACCCCGGACCCAGAGGACCAUACGGCUUGCCUGGCAAAGAUGGCGAGCCUGGCCUUGAUGGAUUCCCUGGUCCUCGAGGAGAAAAGGGUGAUAUAGGAGAAAAGGGAGAAAAGGUGACCGCAGUGUUAUUAACCAUUGCUUGAUUCCUCAGCCUAGUCAGUUCUGCUGUCUUUAUGCUAUAAAUUGUCCCAUUAAAACUUAUCUUUGGUUUUACUGUGUGCCAAAAGGCAGGUCACAGAUACAUGCUAAGCAAAAUCAUGAAAAACCAUGAAAAUAUAUGCACAGAACUAGUAAUAUCAACAUGUCCCAAAGCACAGCUUGUUUUUAGGCUUAUUUUCUCCAAUCCAUCCUACGCAUUGAAAAUCCUUGUCAGCCUGAAAUUUUUAAUGAAGACAUCACUGAAAUGUGUCAUUG